UAAAGACACUAGCAAGCCCAGGUGCUCGAGACGCGGGCGGCCUGGGCCGCUGCAGGCGUGUGCCGCAGGCGUCUCCGCUUGCUCGUAACGAGUUUGAUUAGCACACGAACGGCUGGGUGCUGGCAAUCAGCCCUGCGAGACAUGCGGUGCUGCUUACUGCUCUGCGCGGCGCUCGCCGCGGCGCCGGACCCGGAGGCCGCAGACACGGCACCCCUCGACGUCUUGCUCGUAUCGGUCGGCCUCCACGGCCACGCCGUUCCCCUCGCGCGCCUCGCCCAUCAACUGACAGAGCGCGGCCACCGCGCGACGCUCGCGACGCAUAGUACAAAGGAAGCGAAACGCUGGGCGAAGGACGCGGGCGCGGAGUUUGUCUCAUUGGGCGUGCUGGAACCAUCACCACAAAAAAAGACGACGUCCAUCAACGAGCGCGCGGCGGGUUUGAUGGCUGCUGCUUUGAGGGGCUUCGGCGACGCGAAGGAGGAGAAGAAGGACGCCUGGGACGCGCUCGACGACGCUGAUAAUGAGGAGGAGGAGGGGCCGCUCGACGCUCGUAGACUACUACUCGCGGCGCGGCGCGCGCGCCACGAGGCCGCCGCGCGCUACCUCCACUCUCAUCAGAACGACUCCGAGUAUGACGCGUCACUCAUACCUCCAUCGAAAACAUUUGCGAAAGCGUCUCGGAAGGCCACGGCCUUGGGGGCGCUCGCUUGUUUGAUGAAUGAGUUGUAUGUGCCACUCACAAGACCCGUCUACGACGCUUUGUAUGAACAUUUAGCCAAUGGUGGUAAAAGACCAGACGUCAUCGUGGCGGACGUGGCGACCUUGGGCGCGCGCGACGCUGCGGAUGUUUUUGACAUUCCCCUCGUCAUCAACGCGCCUUCAUUGUUGUAUGGAAGAGCGGGCGGCGCGCCCGGCGCCGCUUUAUCUUCCGGAUCUUCGCGCUCCGAGAAGGCCCAGGCCGCGCUCGCGCCGAAACUGCUGGCGCUGGCGUCGUCUUCCGCAUUAAUGACCUCGAACCACGUCCGGCGCGCCGUCGGCCUGCGAAUUCAUUCGGGGCCCGACGAGCUCGUGCCGCCCGCGUUGCUGCGGCGGCCCGCUUCUGUAACGGACUUCCCGUGUGCCGCGCGCGCUUCAUUACCACUAGAUCCGCCGCCGCCGCCGCGCAACGGGACGUGCGCGAACGACGGCAUCUGCGGCGCGCGGCCGCGCGAGCUCGUGCUCGCGAACACGGCGCCGGGCUUCGACCCCUUUGCUGUGCACCCGCCGCCGCGCGUCCUCGCGACCGGUCGGUACGCGGCGUCCCAUCUUUUACGCCAUCGACGCGACGGCGUAGUGGUUGUUGUUCUCGCGGACGGGUCGCGUCGAUGGCGUGAGGGUGGUGUAGAGUCAGAUGGGGCACGCUAUCGCCGCGCCACGACAAAGACGCCAACGCAGGCCCGCUCCUCCCCGUCGACAUGGCGGCCUACAACGCGACCGCGCCGCCGGCGGCGCCCGCGUUGGUACGACGCUGGCUCGAGACCGCGGCGAAGGAGGGCCCCGGCGUCGUCGUCGUCUCGUUGGGACGGAUGCCGCGCGUCGAGGGCUGGCAGGCCCACGCUUUAGUCAGGGGCCUGCAGCCGGACAAGGCGGGCAACGAGAGCGCCUGGCGCGUGCUCUGGGCCCUCGACGAGGAUAGAAGAGAUUCGCUGCCGCGCGAGCUGCCCGACGAGUUUAGGGUAAGGGGCCGCCUGCCGCUGCUGGCGACGAUCGCGCAGCCCGAGGUCAAGGUCGUCGUGAGCCACUGCGGCGCCGGCGCGGCGAUGGAGGCGCUCGCCUUCGGCAAGCCUUUGCUGUGUGUUCCGUUCUUUGGCGACCAGCGGGACGUCGCGCGGCGCGUCACCGACGCCGCGGCGGGUUUGUAUAUCGAGCCGCGGCGGCUGACGGAAGAGCGCGUGCGCGAGGCGGUAUCCACAGUCGCGGGCGAGACAUAUAAGCGCGCGGCGGCGGCGGCGGCGGCGCAGCUCCGGGCGCCGGGCGGCACUGAAGCGGCGGCGGCGGCGGUCCAGGCCUGGGCGGCCCACGGGACGGUCUGCGGGCCCGACGUGGACCUGCCGUGGCACCGCGAGGCUGGUUUAGAUAGACUCUGCGUCGCGCUGGCGGUGGUGAUUUUGGUGGGCGCGGGCGCUUCGCGGGUGCUGAAGGCGCUGUCGGCGUAUGCCUAGAGGGGUGGCCGUUUUCAAUUUCUAAUUCUCAUUUUAAGAUG